AUGGCGGACGAAGACGAAGAAAGACAACGGUUUUCUCCUGAUUCUUCUACGCAAGUUUUGAACAAGGAAAAACACAAACAUAGGAAGAAAAAGAAGCACAAACAUAAGUAAUAGCCCUAUACUUUUAUUUCCUUUAAAACAGCGGUAGUAUGCAUUAAUAAGUACAUUAAAAUAAACUGCCUAAUAAAAGCUAUAUAGCCUAUUUGAUUAUUUGUUGAGGUUGUUUCUGUCAUUAAAAGUAUCUUAUGACUUCUAUCAAUUGUUAAUUGUUUAUGUAUUAUUCAUUCGACAGUUGUAACAAUAAUCUUAUAAUCAUCUUUUUAAUAUGUUGUAACAAUAUUUAAUAAUCAUCGUAUUUUAAUUCGUAUUUCUUUAAUAUUUUCUAUAGGCUCGUUUACACUUGUAAAUUUUGCUCCGAUUUUAGGUGCGAAUUUCUUCUGAUGGAUGUGAACAAGUGGAUAACUUAUGAAUGUUCAGAUGUGGGUACGUGUACUCCACACAUUUGUAACUCAUCUACUCGUUCACAUGCAUCAGAAGGAGAAAAAUUGCAAGUGUAAACGGUAAAACGGGCCUUAUAUACUGUGUUGAUUUAGGUUGGAACACAGAGCUACCUGAAAAACUGAAAAGAUUAAAUGUUUACGACAUUUGUAACCAUUUUCAGACCUAACCGGAGCACAGGCAUUCCAACUCUCCUGAUUUUACCGGGAGUCUCCCGAAAAUUGUUUUUAGCAACAUAAUAGUCUGUCUUGACCUUUUUUGAAGUUGCUUUAUGGCAAUUUAUAUAGGAUCACUUAUAACAACAUAGUCCCAAAAUGCAGGAAUGCCAUUUCAGAAGACUAAUUUUUAUUAUUUUUUUCCCAGAAGAACUAGAUUUCAAUUCACUGAACAGUCUCCCUAAAUUUUACCUCGAGUAGUUGGAAUGUCUGCUGGAGCAGCUGCCAAAAGUGCAACUAUCUAGGCCCUCUGGCAUGAAUUAAACCUGCAGCCCUGCAAUUCUGGCGAAGUGCUCUAACCAACUGAGCUACAGAGUCCAGUGUAAGAUAUAUGGAUAAAUAUUAGGAUUUGGGGUAUCUACAGUUCAGUAGAACUAAAGAACUUCAGUUGUUUUCAUUAUGAGCAAAUUUUUGCACAGGAAAGUAGGUGCAAGUGGUCAAUAAGUUAAUAUUAGUUGCCAGCUAACAUGACUUUUCAAAGAGCCCCAAUUAAAACCUUAAGAAAUGGACUCCUGUUUUUACACCCUUUGUACAGUAUAUACUCAAUAUCUAAAAUUGUUCAGAUCGAAGAAAAGAAAACGAAAACAUUCUGAAGAUAGAACGUCAGAUCAUGAUGACCAACAAUCAGAUUCAACAAACAAUUCAAGUGCUGCAUCAGGGGAUGAUGAAGGACCAGAAGCAAAACGGAAGAAUGACAAGGAAUUUGUGAUAGACAUUAAACCUUUGACUGAAUAUAUUGAUGAUAGAAAGGAAUUGAAUAAUGAACUUUUUAAGAUAUUAGAAAGAAAACAAAUGAAAAAGUUGAUGCCAAAAUCUGUUAAG